AUGUUUGAUAUUGCCGGCAAUAACAGAGCAAUUGCCACAGAUCGGGUCGACGUAACGAAGAUACGGAUGCCGAAAAAUCUACGCUUGGCUGAUCCAGUAUUUGACAAGCCAAACACCAUCGAUCUGCUCAUAGGAGCAGGGCUGUAUUGGAAGAUUCUCGUGGGAACACCGAAGAAUCGUGAUCCGGGACACCCGGCGUUCCAGAAUACACGCUUAGGUUGGAUCGUAGGAGGGGAAAUACCUGGUCCGCGAGACAAUUCAUCAAGGACACAUUUAGCGAUCACGAACGACAUGCUGAACAGCCAACUUGAAAGAUUCUGGAGACAAGAAGAGAUUCCGGAAACCAUUCAAUACACGGAAGAAGAAAAAUACUGCGAGAAACACUUUGAAGAGACAGUACAACAGGAUAUGGAUGGUCGAUUCGUCGUAAGGUUACCGCAACGAUCAGAGGUUCAUCUAGGGGAAUCGAAGGAACAAGCUCUUCGGCGAUUGCUGUCACUCGAACGAAGAUUCACAAAGGAUUCGAAACUCAGAGAAGGUUAUGUCAACUUCAUGGAUGACUACUUGAAGAAAAAUCACAUGUCGCUAUCCCAGAAUAUAGAGACUCAAGAAGCGGAGUGCUGCGUACUUCCACAUCAGGCUGUGGUGCGUCAGGAAAGUGUGACAACAAAACUACGCGUAGUUUUCGACGCAUCAGCGAAGACAACAGUCGGCACAUCAUUGAAUGAUAGGCUCAUGCCUGGACCGAAUCUACAGCGAGAGUUGGUGGACAUAAUUCUACGAUUCCGAACUCAUCCCUACGUCAUAACUGCUGACAUCGCCAUGAUGUACAGGCAAAUCCUCGUUAACGAAAAGGAUCGCGCAUUGCAGCGCAUACUGUGGAGGAGAGAUCCCAGCGAGCCGGUACAAUUAUACGAUUUGAAUACGGUGACGUACGGUACAUCGUGUGCGCCUUAUCUGGCGAUGCGGUGUCUUAGAGAGCUGGCAGCGGUUUCGCAAGACCUGCCACAAGCUGCGAGAGCUGUAAACGCAGAUUUCUAUAUGGACGAUGUCCUCACCGGAGCUCGAACAAUAGAAGAGGCUACCGAGCUACAACGACAACUUUCAGAGUUACUACUGCGAGGGCAAUUCCAGCUGCGGAAAUGGAGAUCAAACGAGGCGAGAAUCCUGCAAAAUCUUGCCGAGGGAAGUAAAACCGACGAAUUGCUGAUUCUGGAUAAAGAAGAAGCCGUGAAGACUCUAGGACUGCUCUGGAACGCUGCAGAAGACUGCUUGCAAUAUCAUGUUGAAAUCGAGACAACAGAGACUACUACAAAGCGUAUAGUUCUUUCGAAAAUCUCUCAAAUAUUCGACCCCCUGGGAUUGAUAACACCACUCCUUAUAACUGGAAAAAUCAUUGUGCAAAGGCUGUGGUUGCUCGGGACGGAUUGGGAUGAAAUGCUUCCUGACGAACCCAGGGAAGCUUGGGAAAAUCACUACGCGUCCUUGCCAAGAAUCAAUGAACUAAGAGUACCAAGAAACGUGGUACACGCGCACUCGAAUGGAAAAUUUGAAAUUUUCGGAUUUGGAGACGCGUCAGAAAAGGCCUACGGUGCGUGUCUGUGCGCGGUGAGUAUCGACGAGGAAGGAAGAAAACACUCUCAUCUCAUCUGUUCGAAAGCCAAGGUAGCACCGCUAAAAACAAUAUCCUUGCCGCGCUUGGAGCUCGAAGCGGCGUUGCUGCUGUCAAAUCUCUUUGCCACCGUGGAAAAGGCCUACGGGGAGAGCAUCGAGGCUGUGAAGCUAUGGAGCGACAGUACUAUAGUACUAGGAUGGAUCAACACUCAACCGAACGUUCUGAAGACUUUCGUGGCUAAUCGAAUUUCUAAGAUCCAGAACAUCACAUCGAAAGCAACGUGGAAUCACGUACCCUCUGAAGAUAACCCUGCGGAUAUGCUGUCGCGAGGAAUCACUAUAGACCGCUUAAUCGGAGACGAGUUGUGGUGGCAUGGACCGAAGUGGAUAAGGGAGAAAAAUCCAUGGCCAAUGGACAUGAAGAACCCUGAAACAGCUUUGCCUGAAUUAAAAUUGUGA